AUGAAUUCGGCCACCGACAAUCCAUUGGUGUUCGCCGAUCGUGAAGAGAUCAUCUCCGGUGGGAACUUCCAUGGCGAGUACCCUGCCAAGGCACUCGACUAUUUGGCGAUCGCCGUUCACGAGUUGGCGCAGAUGAGUGAACGUCGCCUGGAACGUCUAGUGAACAAUCAGCUCAGUGGAUUACCCACGUUUUUGACACCUGAUGGAGGCCUGAACUCUGGUUUUAUGACCAUACAAGUUUGUGCCGCCAGUCUGGGUCAGUUAUUGAAUAGCGAUCUCUCCUUUGACAUUUCAUAA